AUGUUUGUGUUACUUCUGGCGCUGGCAUCAGCUGUGGCGUACCCGCAGACCACCACAAUCAAUCCAAGUGUUUUAGCUGAUAUCUUCGGCACUCCAGCGACCUCUAAAACUCCUGGGCUUGAGGAUAUUACUGUGCGACCGACGGACAGCACGUCGACGUUCGUCGACACUAACGGCGACGCGUGCAAAUGUGUGCCUUAUUACCUGUGCGAUGCGGACUUAAAUGCGGUGAAUGCGUACAACGAGUCGGUGACCGGCGCUUUUAGAUUGGAUAUCAGAUUUGGGCAGGAUGAGUGUCAGGAGAGCGUGGAGAGAUGCUGCAAGAACCCCAAAGCUCCAGAGCCCUUGCCUAAGCCGGACUCGAAGAACCUUAAAGGCUGCGGGUAUAGGAAUCGGAAAGGCAUCGACUUCACUAUAUGUGGUGGGACGGGCGCGGAGGCUCAAUUCGGUGAGUUCCCGUGGGUGGUCGCCCUCAUGGACGCGAACAAUGGCAGCUACGCGGGUGUCGGUGUGCUUCUCCAUCCACAAGUGGUGUUGACCGGUGCACACAUCGCCUUCAAGUACGCACCUAACACAUUGAAGAUCAGAGCCGGAGAAUGGGACACCCAGACGGACAAAGAGCGUCUGCAGUCCCAGGAGAGGAUCGUCCAGGAUAUCUUCAUACAUCCAGAGUUCCACGCUAAGAGUCUACGCAACGACAUAGCGCUUCUCCGUCUUAAAGAGCCGGUGGAGCUAGCGGACCACAUCAACGUGAUCUGUCUCCCGAAUCAGGAUGAGAAAUUCGAAACCAGCCAGGAUUGUGUCGCCAAUGGAUGGGGCAAGGAUGUGUUUGGUCUCAAAGGCCGCUAUGCUGUUAUUCUCAAACGAGUGGAAGUGAACAUGGUGGAGCACGGCAAAUGCAACCAGAUCCUCAAGAAUACACGGCUGGGUCAUAACUUUAGGUUGCACGACAGCUUCGUUUGUGCUGGAGGGGAGGAGGGGAAGGAUACAUGUCAGGGUGACGGUGGAGCACCACUUGCUUGCCCUAUUGGAGACGACAGGUACAAACUGACUGGACUGGUGGCAUGGGGCAUUGGGUGUGGCGAAAAAGGAGUUCCCGCCGUGUACGUGAACGUCGCCAUGUUCCGUAACUUAAUUGAUUCCAAGAUGGCGGAAUGGGGUUACGAUACGUCCGGAAAUAAUGUUUAA